AUGGAACCCUCUCCCGUGAUAAUAUCGCCCGAAUGCCUCCCCUCGGGCUCCUCCGUGACAUUUCGAGACUCGGGGUAUUUUUCUCGGAACGGGCACGACGCCAACCUCCCCUCGCCGUCCGAAGUCCUCGCAGCGAGCGCAGCGCAGCAUCCGCCAUUCGACGACAAAUACUCACGGGCCUUGGUGUGGUUUCGAGAUCUCGGCCUUCUCGUCAAGUAUGGCUGGCCGCCGAAAGUGACCGUCGCCGAGGGUCAGUGCCUGUGGGCCCUUCGUCGAAACGUUCCUCGCGUUCCCGUGCCCGAGAUUUAUGGCUGGGUCGAGCAAGAAGGCCGUGUCUUUCUCUUUAUGGAACUCGUGAAUGGUGUCAUGUUGGAGGAGCGCUUGUCUUCACUGACCCACGAGGAGCGCAGCGGUAUCUGUGAGAGCCUGCGAAGCAUGCUCACCGAGCUGCAUCGAUUGCGCCAAGAGCCUGGGAACGCGUUUGUUGGUGACAUCAGCCGUGGUCCGCUAGGAGACAUCGUAUUCACAAACGGAUCUCUACCACGAGGCGGGCCAUUCACCUCUGUCAAAGAAUUUCACGACUGGCUCUCUGCCAUGAUCAAAUGGGGGAAAGAGCAGCACUGGCCAGGCGUCGAUCCCGCCGACAUUCCCGACCCGUACCGCCAGAGGCUUCCAGACGAGUCCAGUAUUGUGUUUACUCACGCCGAUCUACAUCCGACCAACAUUAUGAUUUCCCGAGAAUCGCCCUGCCAGAUCGUUGCGAUAGUCGACUGGCAGCAGUCCGGUUGGUAUCCCGACUACUGGGAGUUUUGCAAGGCAGAGUUUGCUGUUCACUAUUGGUCGGAGUGGGCUCAAGAAUACGUCCCGCGGUUUCUGAAGGAGCCGAGUUGUGUGGAAACGUUCCUGGACUACGCCCGAGCGUACGGGUACUGA